UACAUAUUCUCCCAACACGAAAUUGCAUUCCAUCUUUCUCUGCUCCUUCUACACUUCUAAACAUUCAAUCCUCCUCCUCAUCCCUCUCUUAAUUUUCCUUUUCACACCUCCUUCCUAAAAUUAAAUAUCAACACUUGACUACUGAUCUUCAAAACUUUGGACUCAAGUGAAAAUGAAGAAAAUAGUGGUGAAGUUGGACUUGCAUGAUGACAAAGCAAAGCAGAAAGCUAUGAAAUCGGUUUCUAGCCUUUCAGGCAUUGAUUCUAUCGCCAUGGACAUGAAGGAAAAGAAGCUGACAGUGGUGGGUGACAUAGACCCUGUUGAUGUUGUGAGCAAAUUGAGAAAAACUUGGCACACAGAAAUUUUAACGGUUGGGCCGGCAAAAGAGCCGGAGAAGAAAAAGGAUGACGGCAAAAAAGAUGAUAAUAAGAAGAAAGAUCCAAAUGAACAAAUUGCUGAGCUUAUUAAGCAAUACAAAGGAUACAAUCCCUACAUGACUCAAUACUAUCAUGUUCAGAGUGUAGAAGAGAACCCAAAUGCUUGUGUUAUCUGUUGACUCAUCAUGCCUUGAUUGAGAAAGCAUAGAAUAGAAGAUUUGGAUUUAAUGCGGUUAGAAAUUCACGGACUCACGCUAUUAGAAGCAUCAGUGGUCAUUGGAUCGAAAUUGGACGAUUCAAAGCUCAAUGCAUAUUUUGAUUUUUAAAAAUUAAAUAAAAGCUUGGAAUUAAGACCGUGUGAUCUCAGUCUAAUGAUAAGUGAUGUCUCUGUCUACGUGAAUGUGUGGAUUGUUAAUUGCAGAAAAUAUAAAUCCAUAGUUGAAUUGGUGAGCUCAAUGGAAUUGGACAUGAACAAAAAGUCAAGAAUGUUUGCGUGUAAAUUAAGAAUUUGGCUGAUAUACUAAUAUUAUUAUUAGAUUGAGAUGUCAUGAGGAUUAAAAUAGGCUAUGAAGGUUUUGAGUGAAUAAAUUGAUGUGUACACAUCCAGGACUUGUUCAUUGUGUCAUUUAAACCUGUGUUAUCAUACUUGUCAACUUGGUGAUUUUGUAAUACUAUUUCUAAUGAGAAACUCAGUUGUGGUACUUCUUGCAAAAGUUAUUACUUGUAUUAUUUUUUUAAUC